AUGACAUCUUGCAAGUAUUUAGCUCUUUCCUUAUGGAUAUUUGUUGCACUUUAUCUAAUAGCAUGGGAUAAUAAAGAAUUUGAGGAAAUUAGGGAAAAGAAGUUUUAUGAUAUCGACGUUGAACAAUUAAUUAAUAGAAACUUCGCAAGAGUUGCAGAGAGAGAACGCUUGGAAGUGUAUGAAGAUAAAUCUAAUAAAAAAGUUUUGGAAAAUGAUUUCAAGCAGAAGAAAAAUGAUAAUGAGAUUGAUGUUGAAGUUGAAGAAUAUUAUGAAGAAAAGGAAAACAAAAACCACGUCAAAAGUAAUGACGUUAGAAAAAUUGAAUUACUGCACGACAAACCUGAACAGCUGGUGCUAAAGCAAGUUAUACUACCAAAACCGACAUUAUCACCUGAAAUUUUGAAACUCCAUGAGCGAUUAAAUUUAACUAACCCUGGACAUCUGGGGGCACCGGUUGUGUUGCCUAAACAAUUGGAUUUUGAUAUAGAGACGAUGGUCAACAAUAGUAGAGAUAAAUAUCAAAUCAAUGAAUUUGUAUCUCGUUUGGUUCCUCUCGAUCGGGAACUUCCCGAUAUCAGAACUGAUUACUGCAAGAACAUGAAAUAUUCUGAAAAUCUUCCCAAAGUAUCUGUCAUUUUAGUUUUUCAUAACGAAGCGAUGUCGAUGAUCCUAAGAUCAAUUCAUUCAAUUCUGAAUAGAUCCCCAGAACAUUUACUCGGUGAAAUUGUUUUGAUUGAUGAUUGUUCAGAUAUUGAAAAUCUCAGAAUCCCAUUGAAGAAGGAAGUUGACAAACUACCAAAAGUUCGAAUUAUACGAUCACCUACACGAAUUGGUUUGAUAAAAGCUCGAAUGAUGGGCUGUGUGAAUGCAAAAGGACCGGCAUUAAUAUUCAUGGAUGCACACAUGGAAGUAACACCUGGAUGGCUUGAACCACUUUUAGAUCGACUUGCAAUCAACAAAAAUAUUACAGCAAUAAGUGUUGUGGAUACUCUUGACAUGAACACAUUGGAAUAUCGAUAUCGAAAGGAUCCUAACCGAAUUCCAAUUACUGGAUUCGAUUGGAAUAUGAUUUUCAAAUGGAUUGAAGUUCCUGAAUUCGAAUUAAAGCGACGAAAAGAUCCUAAUGAACCCAUAAAUUCACCAACAAUGUUAGGAGCUUUCUUUACAAUCGACAAAGAAUAUUUUGAACUCUUAGGAAUGUACGACGAAGAAUUUGAUAUUUGGGGUGCUGAAAAUUUAGAGUUGGUCGAAAUAUUAAAAAAAUUUAUGACUCAACUUCCUUUUAAGGUUUGGAUGUGUGGUGGUAAAGUUGAAGUAAUACCCUGUUCUCGAGUAGGGCAUCUGUUCAGGAAAAAGUUUCCUUAUAAAUGGCCAAAUGGAAACGGCGUUGUGUGGCGUAACACUGAUCGACUUGCAGAAGUUUGGCUUGACGAAUAUAAAAGAUUUUAUUAUAGAAGUCAACGUAAACGAACUGAUUAUGGUGAUGUGAGUAAACAAAAGAAAUUGCGAGAAGACUUACAAUGUAAAUCAUUUAAAUGGUACAUCGAAAAUGUUUACCCAAAUGUUCAAUAUCCCGAAAAAAUAAGAGAUCCUGUUGAGAUAAACCAGAAUUCAACUGAAAAGAAUAGAAAUAUUCUAGUUGUUGAUAAACAAGUGACCAUUGCAACAGAAGACACAACUACUUUGAAAAAAGAAUCAAACAAACUAAAUAUAACACAAGCUGAUGCUAAGGAGAUUGAGGGAAAAGAAAAAGACGUCAAAGCUUACGCUAAUAAUAAAAAUGAAAAAAUUCUAAACAGGAUCGAUGAAAAUAAAAUACAAUCAAAUGAUUCGGUUGUCAAGGAAGUUGUUACACCAGCUAACGUCAAAGAAAAAGCAUCAACAAAAUCGUUUGAAGCUGAAACUACCUCGACGUUGAAGAAUGAAAGUUGA